GUUUCUAGGUUAUGUUUUUGGUUUUAAUCGUCAAUUGUCAAAAUUUAUGUCGAGUGUUUUCUUGUAAUAAGUUAGAUUUGUUCAAAACUUAAUAUAAGUUAAUUCUAGUUUUCUCGUAGUAACUAUUUCAGAUCGUUUAGUGUUCGCGAAUUCUGAAUAAAGAAUGAGUUAAAACUUUUUAAUGGCUGCACUUUUGUGACUGUUACGGAUUGACAUUGAGAUAAUAUGUGAAUAAAUACGUCGAUGCGCACUUUUCGUUAGCUGAAUUAGUACCAUCUUCGAGCAGUUUAACCGUAAAUAUCUACUUCAGUAUACAUGUAAUCUUAUAAUACCAACGGCGUACCAAACCAACGUCAAAAUGACUAUGAGUCAGUUAUCUGUUAUGAAACUGUACAAUACAGUAGUGGACGAUGUGAUAGCUGGAGUGCGGGACUGCUUUUUGGACGAUGGUGUCGAUGAACAAGUGUUGCAGGAGCUGAAGCAGUUGUGGAAAACUAAGUUAACGGCCAGCGGGGCCAUGGACCCUCCGCGGGCGGAUUCGCCGUCGCUGCCCCCACCGCCGGCCGUGUUACAAAACUUCCCUAAGGCUAACGGCAGUAAUCUGAUGCCGAAACGAGCCCAGGACAUGAUUCCCCAAGGCGCGGGCCACUCUGGUGUGGAACACGGAGCCCCUCCGUCCAACAUAGCAGGCGCACACCCACACCACGUCCUGGACCCCAACAACAAAGUACCUGUACAACUAACACUGCCUGCUCAGCCUGGCGUGCCCGGCUCCCAACCACGGUCAUUCACAAUACAGAUCCCAGCCUCGGCUCUCAAUGGUAACAAACUCCACCAAGUCCUCACUGGACCAAUCAUAAAUGCUACUAUUAGUUUACCACAGCCUUUAGCGGCAACUCUAUUACAACAGCACAUAAACUCUGCUUUGGCGGGACAACAGAAUGAACGUGACGGUGGUGGUGGAGGUGGACGCAGUGGUGUGGCACCGUUCUCCCUGGACGGUGCUUUAGAUUCAUCUGAUGAUGAAGGCUCAAAUGUCGGGGACGGGUCAGAGGAUGGAGGAAAUGAUGAUGACGAAGAUGAAGAGUCAGCCGAGGAACGGGCUGAAGAAGAAGAAGAGGAGAGAGAUGAGAGCGGAGGUGCAGAGGAGGAGCCGCUUAAUUCAGGUGAUGAUGUUUCGGACGAGGAACCCGGUGACAUGUUUGACACUGACAAUGUAGUUGUUUGUCAAUAUGACAAAAUCACACGUAGUCGUAACAAGUGGAAGUUUUACCUAAAAGAUGGUAUUAUGAAUUUAGGGGGCAAAGAUUUUGUUUUUCAGAAAGCCAACGGCGAUGCAGAGUGGUGAAUGUUUGUAUAACGAUGUUGAGUGUGUACAUGUUGGUGUAAUUGUUCCGGUUCAGAGUAUAAAAACAGACUAGAAACAAUGGCAUAAGGUUUUAUAAUUUAUGUAUUUGUUCCCAAUACCAAUUGUCUAUGGUCAUAAGGUUUUGUAAUUUAUGUUUUUGAUCAACAUCUAAUACAAAUUGUCUACAGUCAUGAUCUUAUUUUAUUGAACAUCUUAUUUUAAAAAGCAACUUUAAAAAUUAUUAAAAAACUAAGUAAAAUUUUUGUUUUACUUUUUUUGUUGAAGAUUGAUUGAUUAACUUUUGUAACUAAAAUCCAUUUUGAUUUGGAAAUAUAUUUUGAUUUAACACAACAUAAUAUUAAUUAUGAUGCUGUUGGUUAUUUAUGGUUCAAGGUAUAGGUAAGUCUGUGUGCUAUUUGACUGUAGAAAUGUUUGCCGGUUUUGUUUUCUGGAACUUAUUUUCUCAAGACUAUAUUUACAAAGAUUUUUUACUAUUAGAUAUGUUACGUGUCUGCAAAAUCACUGCAAAAAGUGAUCCAAAUUCAGCUACUCCACUGAGUGCACAUACACAAUUUUGUAUUUAGUUACAUUAUAUACUUAUGUACAUAUAGUAUUUACACUUUCUGAACACACAACUCGACAUUGUAGACAAUAUUUAGUUAAAUAUUGGUUAAAUAACUUUUGUUCUUUAAAGUGCAACUAAAUGAAAUCAAGACAAUUAGCUACUUUUGUCUGCCUCAGUUGACUUGCUAGCGACAUAUCUAUAGUAUAAAAUCUUUGUGUUUACAUAAAAAGUAUCAUAAAAAACAAAAAACAAAAUUAGCUUUCCCAAAUUUAUUUUAUGCAGUAAUAUCAGAUUGGAAAUGUAUAAAUAAACUACAAAUCAAUAAAAUGUUUUUAUAAGUUUUUACAAGCAUUUUCAAUAAUUAACCACCUUAAUAGGUGGUUAAUUAUAUUACAAAAAAAUCUUAAGUCUGUAUCUUAAACGAUGAUUGUAUAUAAAAUUAUAGACUGUAAUGAAGGUGAAGGUUUCAUUUAGUGUUGCCAUAUACCUGUGUUAAUGAUUUUUUAGUUGCUUUGCAAUUGAAGAAUGGUUCACAAACCAUGGUUCACAGAGUAAUUUGGAGUUGUUUCAUGCAAAAUAAAUGUUUAAUAUCAUGUAUGUAUGUAUGUAUCCUUGCUACUUUAGCAUAGCAGUAAGGAAUAAUAUUUCAUAGUUUUGAUUGAAUUCCAAGUUUUGGUCUAUGUAUACAUAUAUCAAUAGAGCCGUGAUAGCAUAGUGGAUAUGGACCUCUGCCUCAGAUUCCGAAGGGUGUGGGUUUGAAUCUGAUCCGGGGCAUGCACCUCCAGCUUUUCAGUUGUGUGCAUUUUAAGAAAUUAAAUAUCAUGUGUCUCAAAUGGUGAAGGAAAACAUAGUGAGGAAGUCUGCAUACAAGAGAAUUUUCUUAAUUCUCUGUGUGUGUGAAGUCUGCCAAUCCGCAUUGGGUCAGCGUAGUCGACUAUUGGCCUAACCCUUCUCAUUCUGAGAGGAGACUUGAGCUCAGAAGUGAGCCAAAUGUGGGUUGAUAAUGAUGAUGAUGCGUCUAUUCUUCACUUACAGCAUUGGUUGUAUAUAGCCCUUAUAUUAUAUACCACUUGGACUACAACUACAAUUAAAGUCUUUGUAUGUAUGUUCAAAAAUGUAUAUGUAUUUAGUUUAAUUGUAUCUUGUAAUUUUUACUACAACGUUAAUGAGCGUGUUUCACUGUGUACUGUUUGUUACCAAAUUUAAAAUAAGAAGUGGAUAACUCAAUAUUUUUAAAUGUAUGCAGAAGCUUAACCAACCUUUAGUUAUAUAAUAUAUAUUUGUAUUAACACUUUUUAAAAUACUGUGGAGAUGCCAAUAAUUCUGGUUAGAGAGCACUGUAUAAUAUGGACAAAGUAGGUUUUUUUAAUUACAGUGAUAAACCUAGUAUUGUGAGUUAGAUCUGACUGUUGUAUUAUACAUGUUUCAAUAUUGUUUAAUAUUUCAACAGGUAUAAAUAAAAAAAAAAUACAAAUAAAUGUGGAUAAUUGUGUAGUGUUUUAUACAAAUUUUAACGUAACUAAAUAACAAGCAACAAAAUUGUUGAUCAUACUGACAAAAUAACUUAUAAUAGCAAUAUGAAUGUCUUUAAUCAAUGGUAUAAUCAUUAAAGUAACCAAACUUUUUAGACCAUCCAAAAUUUAUAAAUUAUUAACCACUGCCACAUUGGACCAACUGGCCUAUUCACUAUAUUAUUGUUAUUAUCAUCCUGUUAUAAUAAACAUAAAAUCAAUUGACAAAAUGUCAUUUACCUACUUAGUGUUAUCCACCAGUAGGUAAGCACUAUAUGACAUUUUUACAUAGAAUCCCAAUAUCGUAUAUGACGAUUAACAUAGUCAAAGAUAGUGAAUAAGCCUGCAGUUGAUAUUAAUUUACCAAAUGGAAGGACCAUCUCACAAAUUCUGUUUUUAUAAAAAUUGCUAAAUAAACCAUACAUUUUAGUUCUAGAACUAAAAACUGAAAAAACUACAAAAAUGUUUUUUCAUUAACAACAAUCUACCCCCAUUUAUAUAUUUGUAUCCAGUAAUUUGUCAUUGGACGAAUUUUAUCAGUUUCACUUAAAAUGUGAUUUAAUCAUCAUUUUUUUAGUGAAAAAAAUUAAUUUCUCAGACCAAUCAAAUAGGUACUAAAGAAUAUUCCUUCUUGCUUGCUCCUGAAAAGUUACGAAAUAUGAGUUACCACAUUCCUUGCUGGUGUUGAUAUGUUUACAUUACAUUUCAAUUUUCUUUUCACUGCCCAGUUGCCCACAUUCCUAACCAUCCAGCAGACAUGAUGGUAAACUUGAUUGUGAGGGGCUGGCAUAAAAUAUCUAUACCUUUAUGAAGAUUGACUAGACUUAUCCCUUCAUAAAGAAUUUAAUGUGAUAACAAAUCAUUGGCAUACAUAUUUUCUUUAACAAUUUUCUUAAAAAUAAUUAUUUAAAUAGGUAUUAGCUACCUGUACUGAUUGUGUAUAUUUUCAGUUUUAUAAGUGGUUCAAAAAUUAGGUGUAAGAUACCAAAAAUAUUGAGAUUCAAAUCUGCUUCAAGGUAUCAUUUAAAUCAUUAAUUUUAAACCUUUGUGUGUAUAGUUAAUAGUUUAAUAGGUAAUGUGUAAGAUACUUAUAAUUUUCCAGAAAAAAAAACCUUUGUAACUUCCACUAUUUUCAUCCUUAUGGUUCGCGCACAUUAAAGCGUACCGCACCGCAAUGUAUCAUUAAUUUCUUUCUUUUUCAAUCAUCAAACAUUUUAUCAUAGUAUUGCAUAGGCAUAGCCACGGAAUAAUGAAUUGACUAACAAUCUCCUUACAUUUUUUUUAAAAGAAUAUUUGCCAAAUGUUUUUUUAAUAUGGCCAUUAUUCCCAUUCCCCUCCUACCAGUCGGGAAAGACUGUAUUACGAGUGGGUACGACAAUAGACCAGCGGGGCGGGUAUCGAACUACCAACCCUCGGUCUGUUAUUUUUCCCCACUUUCACCCCCAGAACUUAUAAAACAUAUUCAUCAAACAUGUCUAAGAACACUCGCUCAUAAGUUACCUUGGAUACAAAAAAGAACUAAAAUGAAAUCGCUUCAGCCGUUUGGGAGCUAUGGUGCCACAGACAGACAAACACGUCAAACUGAACCCCUCUUUUUGCGCCUUUUUCCCAUGUUUAGAGCUGAAAAACACUAAGAAACGCACUAAAAGAAACUUAAUAUUUAAGAAAGUAAAAUACGUGGAGUGGCCGGUACUGCACGAAAACAGAUAAUGAAGGUUUUGACGUAUGAGCGCGCGCGCCAUUACCGACAUGGGGGCGCUACUGAGCGGAAACUGUUCACUUUGUUGUGUUACAGUGUUUUAGGAUCUUUUUUUUAGAUUUUCUUUAAACAAUUCGUGGAAAUGGUCGAGAAAUACGAACCAGUACUACAAGUAAAUAUUAAUCGCGAGAAUUGAGCAGCGAAGCAUAAUAACCUGAACCUGCUAUACCUUAUCCUACCAUAAUCUUUAUUUAUUACAAAUCACGAAAUCCUGAAUUGUUAGCCGCAGAGUAGGUAGUGCCUGCUCUAACUGACUCUGUGACUUGCGUUGCCCUCUCUUGUGAAAAUAUUUAUUUUAAAUUUUUAUUCAAUUUGUAUUGCCAUGCGUUGCGGUGCGACUCUGUACCUAUUGUGCGUUUACGUGCACAAAUUCUUUUGUUCUAGAGAUUUUCUUUACUUUCUCAUACUUUUAUGUAGGUAAUAACAUUAUUAUAAUUUGUGAUAUGAAUAUUACUUCGUUAAUCAGUACCUAAAUCUUCAUGGCGAUUUAUUCGGAAUCUUCGGAAAAAGACUUCUAUAUACUCAGAGGCACAAUUAUCCGUCUACUUUAAUUUGACGCGAGUAUAUUAAAGUGGGCGGAUAAUUGUGCCUCUUGAGUGUAAAAACUUAAACUACUACAGAUUUAGGCUUAAACUAAACCUACAGUUAAAUUAAAAGUGUUAUUUAUGUACAGUGGAAUUAUGUCAGUUUCUUCCACAUAGGCUUUGUUUUUUCUUAUAUUUUCGUUUACUAUCUAGCUCCAUGGAUGGUUACUAUACAAAUAAUAUUAGUUUUAUUAGGAUUUGUAAAAACCCCUAUGUGAUGAUGUUGAUGAGGAUGGUAUUGAUAAUAAAAUAAUAUAUUGCAUUA